UGUGUGUAGAACCUAUUCGUAGUUACAAUAGAAAGUAUCCCACGGUACAACAUCAGAGCUUGUCAGAUCUGCGGGUCGGCUGAAGGUCUUAAUCUGGAGCCAGCGACAGCAGAUUUGCUUUUGCCAUGGCAACCAUCAGAAUGAAGCUAAUCCUUCUUCCACUUCUGUGUUUUAUUGCCAACGCUCAAAAACAAUGUCCGCUGAGCUGUUAUGUUGACUAUAUACAGACAAUGGAUUGCACAUGGAAAGAGAGAAACAACAACAGCCACAUCACUCUGCAAGUCUUUAGGGUUGUGUCAAACCGCUUUUCUCAUGAGAAUAAUUGUACUUUCACAAGACAUUCCAUGCUGCCAAUGGAGGACGAGAGAUGGAUUCACUACUACACUUGUAUCAUGCACUUUCAGAUGUUCAUGAAUAUCGAUAAAUUUAAAAUCACCCUUAAGUCAAACAGCCCAGCUAACACAUCGCAAACUUGCAUCAUUGAGGAAUUCAUACCAUCUCAGAACAUACAUUUGAAAGCACCUCAGCAACUGUCUGUGACAGUUAAUUCAACAACACGGAAGGUUAUCAUCACAUGGCAGAACCAUGCAAGCCAGUAUUUGAAAAACUGUCUGGAGCAUGAAGUCGAAUUUUGGAGCAGAGAAACAAAAGAGGAUGUGAAGGUGAAAAAUAUAGUUAAUGAUAUCCAGCAUCUGGCUAUUGAGGAGUCAGAAUUGAAACCAGUAACAGAUUAUAAAGCAAGAGUUCGCAGUAUACCUUCAAGGCGUACAGAUUAUAACGGCAGAUGGAGCAAGUGGAGUUCAGAAAUAAAAUGGAAGACAAACUCUGAUAGCCAGGUGGUGAAAAAUAUAGAAGUGGAACCUAAUCCUUACACAUUUUUGAUGGAAGAAACAUACUACUCCGAACCAAAAAAAGCACAAUUUCAGACUUUUCCCAUGGUUACAAGUGCUACGGACAGUCCUUCCAAACAGAGCAGCUUGUUGAUUGUUGUGCUGCUUCCAAUCUCAUUGGCUAUCAUUAUUUCCAUACUUCUGUACUUCAGGAUUCACAUACGUAUUGUGAAUAAGGUAUGGAUUCAUAUUCCAAACCCAGGCAACUUUUUCCAGCCACUCUACAGUGAACACAAUGGAAACUUCAAGGAAUGGGUUCGCAAUGACCAAUCAACUAUUCAGAAAAGAUCUCGCAGAAGUUCAGUCCAUGAGAUAACGAAGAUGAAGAGGUCCUUGGAAGAUGAAGCUGACACAGUAAUCAUAACUCCCAGAAUUGAAGCUGUUUCUAAUAUUACCUACAUAAAACCAAUCCCAAUACACUACACAUCAGCACUUGAUCCAAACAGCCUCAAACACAAUAAUGAUGCAGAUUCCAUGUACGUCAAAAAGAACUGUCUCAUUGAUCCAAGGAAUAGAUUUUAUUCCAACUCAGUGCUGGAAUAUAGUAAUAGCAUUUGUGGUUUAAGUGGAAACCAGUCCAUUGUACCUACUGAAGGUCAGCAGGUUGAAAGCUGGUUGCUGUUUGAGGACCUGGCUAAUGCCACCCUGUUGUCCAUGAUGCCUCAGGAUCCAAACGGUGAAUAUAACUACAGCGAUGACUACUGCACCCUCUCUCACUCUGAUACCAGUCAUGGCCUGGUGCCCACUAAGAUUGGCCUCCAACUCAACUGCGAUGGAUGCCAGGCAGAGAAAAGAGAUGUGCCUAUGAGUUUGGAGGCAAUCGACAGUGACAAAUUGCCCUCCAUUUGUACAACAUCAACACAGCAGUAGCAGCUUCUAUUCUGUGACUCUGUAUUGAAGUCAAUGUACUCACUGUAUAAUGAGAUUUAACCAAUGCUAAAUCUGAAAUGCUGAAAAGCGCCUAAUUAAAUGAUGAGGUGCAGUUCCUCAAGCUUGACAGUACCUUACCUCUUAGGGCACAUUAUACACUUCAUAAUUCAACAUGGAGUUCAACAAUAUCAGUCUGUAAUUUCUGUUUCUUUUCUUGCUCCAUACCAUUUACUUUGACAUUAUAGCUCUGACACUUCUGUCACUUAUUCUUUCCUUUCUUGCUCACAACCACAGACCUUCCAUUUAUCCCUGCUACACCCACAUCUUGCUCAAACCAUACUACAUCUCUAACUUGCCCAGUUCUGGUGAAAGAUCAAUAACCUAAAAUGUUGAUUGGGAUUUUUUGUAGAGUCACAGAAACUAUGCAGACUUUUG